CCACGAAUCACAGGAUAUUGAUACAUACAACAUUAUCGAGCUAUAAAAAGUACAGCUCUUUGUCUCUGCGACCGAUGCAGUCCUUGGCUCGUUCUGCCCGCCAUGUAGCCUCUCGAAAUCCGGCUGGCGCCACAAUUUUCAACCUCAAUGCCUCGACACAAAUUUCGUCCUCGGCGCGAUGGAGCUCCAGGUCUCAAGUAUCACCACAGAGGCGCGCCAAAUUCCAGGCGCUUCCAGCGUUCUUCGCUUGGACCGUAGCUGGUGGAAUAGCUUUUUAUUCCGCUCAGCUCCUUGUCGCCGCGCGGCAGCCCUGCGCCAACCCCAACAUCUCCGACCUGGCUCAACAGACCGAUGUCUCUACGAGAUACGAUGACACAGCCGACAAGUUCGAUUCCGAGGUUGGGUUUUCGGAAUGGCUGAUGGGAAUCUUAAAGAUCCGAAAGGAACUCGCGCAGCAAUGCAAGGGUCACGUACUAGAAGUCAGUUGUGGAACUGGUCGAAAUUUGGGAUACUUCGAUGUGUACACCAAAGGCCAAGUCGAUAGCUUGACAUUUGUCGAUCUGAGUGCUCCGAUGAUUGACAUCUGCAAGAAGAAGUGGGUGGCUCUGUACGCCGGAAAAGAAGCAUUGCUCAAGCCUGGCCUGGUCGUCCGCUUUCUCCCUGCCACGGCUCUCGAUCGACUACCACUCGCCCCGACUGCGGAAGGACCGAAGAAAUAUGAUACCAUCUUCCAGACUAUGGGUCUCUGCAGCACACCUGAUCCAGGACAGCUCAUUGCGAAUAUGGUCGAGCAUCUAGACACGUCAAACCCAGACGCGAGAAUUAUUCUGCUCGAGCACGGACGGAGCUACAGGCAGUGGCUCAACAACAUUCUGGACGGAAGUGCGCAGAAGCAUGCAGAGCUUCAUGGAUGUUGGUACAAUCGCGAAAUCGGAGCUCUUGUCUCCGAGGCGGCUGAGCGAUGCGGUCUCGUCCUUGUCCGCGAGAGACGGUAUCAUCUUGGUACCACUUGGGUAGUUGAGCUCAAACCCGCCAAAGUCACGAAACCAGCGCCCCCGAUGGCUCAGACUGGGGAUCAGCAAUCUCAGCCUAAGAAGACUCUUUAUCAAAGGAGCAAGGAGUUUAUUAGCAAGCCAUUCAGCGGGAUUGCGCUGAAGCUAUAAGUGUGCAGAACAAUCUUCGUAACAAGCCCUCACAUUCCACCCGCGGACGUUGAGCAAAACAUUGAAUCUGAUUGUAUCUGGUUUGAAAAUCUCGUUGCGCGCACUUUGGCGGAGAUAAAUGGGCGACAGCGGUAAGUUACACUCGUCCCCCGGCACGGCAAUGAUUGCCAAUCACACCUACAUGAUGAUUCACCAAUCCAAAAUAUGUUUCAAGACGGGGCGGAGAGGCUUCGGCCUUAGUGAAUGAGAAGAUUACGACUGAACACAUAGAUUUCUACGAGAUGUUACGUUCGAGCUGUUUGCUCCUGAUCAAACGCUGACUGGUAUCGAGCAGGCGGAGGGAGAAACGGAAGUCGCGCGAGUCCACGGAACAACGGACGUUGAGUGAACAUAUGGAGCAACGAACGUCGAGCGAGUCCACAGAGCGACCAACGCCGAAUGAAUCUAUGAAGCGACCGCC